AUGCGAAAAGGCCUACUUUAUACGCUAGCGACUUCUGUUUGGCUUCGGAAAGGUCUUGAAACGCUGAAGAGAGGCACUGAGUUUGCGACUGCUACCAUUGAAUUGGUUUAA